AUUCCCUCGAUGAUCAUGGAUCCACGAGUAUCGGCAUUGUGGUUGGUUCUCCUCUCGCUCCUGGGGGGCUCCCUCUCCUUCCAGGACAAGGCCCCGGUGCAGACGAGCCUCGUGGCAGGACAGGCGCGCAAUGACAAGCAACAGCAGAUCCUCGACGACACCCUGGCAUCGUCCUCGGGUCGCGGCAUCGACGAUCACCUGCUGAAGACUAUCGGUAAGGGUGGGAUCAAAUUGGUGAUGGCCGGCGGCUCGUCGUCUACGACCACACCCAAACCGUCAGUACAACAUCAUUACUAUUAUCCACCAGAGGAGCAGCAGCAUCCGCGCCAGUACGGCUACGGGCCUUCACCCGCGUACCCCCCCUGGCUGCAUGCCCCACAUCCGCCACGACCACAGCUGCCUCCAUGGGGGCCCCCACCAGGACCACCACCGCCACAGCCCCCGUACUUUGGAGGAUACCCAUCCUAUCCAGGAUGGGGUGGCGGCUAUCCGGGCGGCUAUCCUGGCGGAUGGGGCGGUGGCAUCUACCCCGGCUAUCCAGGCUUCGGAUAUCCCAGCUAUCCCGGCUAUCCCUACUAUCCCUUCUAUCGCUCGGCAGGCUCCACGGAAGUGGACAACCAAGUGGCCGGCGGCCCCGACGGCCUCUCGCCCUCCCCCAUUCCCGGGGUCUUCCAGGGCAGGCAAGUGCUCUCCCAGAACUAUCUCGAGGGCAGGGCCAAUGCGGCCAACAUUGUGCCACUCUAUCAUCUGCUGCAAAUGUCCAGAGCCUAACCCUCUUCCGAACCUCCAAAAUUUUCCUGUAGC